AGCUGGUGGUGGUGGGCGACGGCGCGUGCGGCAAGACGUGCCUGCUGAUCGUGUUCAGUAAGGACGAGUUCCCCGAGGUGUACGUGCCCACGGUCUUCGAGAACUAUGUGGCCGACAUCGAGGUGGACGGCAAGCAGGUGGAGCUGGCGCUGUGGGACACGGCGGGUCAGGAGGACUACGACCGCCUGCGGCCGCUCUCCUACCCGGACACCGACGUGAUUCUCAUGUGCUUCUCGGUGGACAGCCCGGAUUCCCUGGAGAACAUCCCCGAGAAGUGGGUGCCCGAGGUGAAGCACUUCUGCCCCAACGUGCCCAUCAUCCUGGUGGCCAACAAGAAAGACCUGCGCAGUGACGAGCACGUCCGCACGGAGCUGGCCCGCAUGAAGCAGGAGCCCGUGCGCACGGAUGACGGCCGUGCCAUGGCCAUGCGCAUCCAAGCCUACGACUACCUCGAGUGCUCGGCCAAGACCAAGGAGGGCGUGCGCGAGGUCUUCGAGACGGCCACGCGCGCCGCCUUGCAGAAGCGCUACGGUUCCCAGAACGGCUGCAUCAACUGCUGCAAGGUGCUAUGAGAGCCGCCCCCUCCCGCCCGCCUGCCUCUGCCGGCUUGGCCCGCCUCCCGGGCCCGCUCCCCCAAGGACCCCACCGGACUGCCUGGCGUCUGCCUUCCCGCCCGGCAGCCGUAGCCUGGCGGCUGUGGCUCUGGCGCCGGGAUUGGGAGGCACCGGGCGCCCCCUUUCCAGUGUCUGUGUGCGCCCGGCUGAGUUGCACAGGCCCAGGAGCCCCGCUGAGUGCCAAGGGGCCCCUGAGCACCCUUUUCUGAAGAACCAAGCCUCUUCAGAGUGUGUGGCUGUGUGUUCCGACUC